AUGUGCAUAGACUUCCUCGUAUCUUUCACUUUGCCCCACUUGGCCGACGAGAGAAUCUCCGCCGCAAGCUCGAAAUUUCCUGCCUUUGUGGAUGAAUCCCACGCGACGCCUUCUAAUUCUGAAACCGGCGCCUGCUUCUUGAAUUCUGGGCUCUCUGCCUCUGCAUUCCUCCCCUGUUUUUUCUUCGCUUCAAAAACUUCUUCUGAGCCCAGUUGCCGUUUCGAAUUCGAUCUCCUCGCUUUCUUCUCUGUGCUCGCCAAUCUCAGCCUUGGAGUCCUGAUUUCCACAACCGUCUCUCUCGUACCCUCGGCCGGCAAAAACGCGAAAUUCCCAACUUCCUUCUCCCCUGUUCUCGUUCCUACUCUGUUUGAUUUAGUGCAGCAGCUCCGGCAACUCGACGGCGGAAACUUGUCGCUGUUGUCGUCUAAGACGUACUUCUUGUCACCAUAA